ACCUACUACCGAUGUCAUGGCACCAUCAAAUCCCGCAAGCUCCCUUCUUGGACUGACGCUCGCCGGAGAGAUCGACCGUUUUCGUGAGAGCGUGGAGUCCGUCUGGGGCUCUCUGAAUCUUGUCCACCUGUCCUACCAUCAUUGCCAUCUACUUAUUAAGCGUAUGAACCCGCAGACAGAGCCGACGGAGUUGGUAGGCCACGCGGUGAAAGUGGCCACGGUGCUGAACAGCCGCAUGACCCCAGUCACUCCGCUAAACCAUCAUUUCGCCGCCCUCAGUGCAAUGACUCUCUGUGAGCUCUGCGAUGUGCCAAAGACCAGGACGGAGGCUUUGCAGGGGCUCGACCAGAUGAUCGAAUGUCUUGGUGAAGGUCGCGGGUUAGCAGGCAAGCAGGAGAGUGAAGGAUGGGAUGGAGCAAUCAGAGAGUUGGUAGUCGGAAAGAGACAGCGAAUGUUGCAGUCGAUAGUCGAAAAUGGUAUCGCAGAUGGUGCAAGAGGUCUACAAGGCCUGGCUAAUGCUGCCGUAAGCGAGGGGAACAGAAGUGGCGGUUCUGACGAUGCCGAUCCGGCAUUCGAUCCUACCAUGAUAACUAGGUAUGGUUACCUCACGGCGCUCGGGCAGGGAGUCUUCAAGACGCGAUGAUAGCGACGCGGCGCAUAUCCAAGGGCUGAGCCGAGGCUCACUCCAACCUACGAUACGCGACGGCCAAUAGUGCGUUUUCGACGGCGGGGAAUAUGAGUAGAGCUUCGAUCUUCGAUUUGGGUAGAGGAGUGAAGCUUAAAGCCCUGCCAUAGAGAAUACUGCAAUGUGACGACGCGGCUGCCCACUCUUCCUCAUCUGGAACUGCCGUAAACCUCGCUCCGCUGGUACGAAAGACAGGUCCCAAGUGUUAUCGGCCUGAUCUUCCCCGCAUGACGACAUGAUGGUUUGAGAUCUGUUAGACGAGACAUAUGUAGCGACCUGAGCUCACAGGUGUCC